CUUUGCAUGAUCAGAAGCAGCUUUCUAGGAUUUAUUUAUUUAUUAAAUAUAUUUGCAGCCCAUCUCGUAUCCAACAAAUCUGAAUAGCUUAAAACAUAAAUUGUAAGGAAUUAAAUUUGAUGCACAACAAAGACCUAAUUAAAAGCUCAUAUUUCUCCUAAAAUUUAUUUUAUCUAAAGUUGUUAUAUUUGUUUCCUUCUCCCAUCUGCUAUAUUGUUACAACUAAUUCUAACAAAACAUUUAAAGUUCUUUCACUCCUUAUUACUUUUUCAAAAAUCAUUUCCAGAACAAUUCUAUAACUUUUAUUCACACAAAUAUCCUUUAAUCACAUCCUUAUCUUUGUUUCCCUAAAUGGGUUUUAGUGGUUCCUGGACCUAAUGCAUAUUUGUUUCUUUUGCCAUCAAAGUCUCAGCAUUGUUUUGUGUUAUUUUUCUCAUAACUCAGUAUCUCUAUCCUAAUCUUUGACACUCCUCUUUUCACCACUGUAGCCAUUUAAAAAUCCCCAGGUGAUCUACAACUAUAAUAACUCUUCCCUUCUAAUCCUAAUUUCUACCUUCCAAACUGCAUAUCCUUCUUUUCCUGUUCUUAUUUAAUUUGAAAUGUUAGAGGAAAUCUAAAUUUUAGGGGCAUAAGCAUUUAAAAAAAUCUAAACAUGUAGCAGUCCUAAUCAGUUACUUGUAGGCAAUUGUAAAGGUUUUCAAGAUAUUAAAUUCUUAUGUGUAGCAAAGGAAAUUAAUGUAGUUAAUCUGUGAUAAUUUAUGCAGUAAAUGUAUUCAUAGCAUAAAACUAUUUUCUUGCAAUAUUUUCUUGAGAUGUGUGCAAUGCAGGUAAACGAGUUUGAUUCAUCAGAUGAGGAGCCCCUGGAGGAAGAACAGACACCUUUUCAAGUAUCCUGGUUACCCUUAUCACCAGCUUAUUCCCAAUUCCUAGGAAUCAGCUCACUACCAGGUUGUCGAUUCAAAAAUAUUAAAAGAAACCUUCAGAAAGAUAUAGGUAAUUAUCAGUGGUACAGAGAUGAGCUAAAAAGUCACGGGGUGCUCGAUGUAUUUGUACUCUGUACCAAAGGAGAACUCACAAAGUACCGUGUCCCACACCUCAUGGAAACAUACCAGAAUUAUGGGAUUGCUGUGCAUCACCAUCCUAUUCCUGAUGGAGGUACACCAGAUAUUGCCAGAUGCUGUGUCAUUCUAAAUGAACUGAGGAACUGCCUUGAAAGUAAACGAAAAGCCACAAUACAUUGUUAUGGAGGACUUGGACGAUCCUGUCUCAUUGCCGCUUGCCUUCUGCUCCAGAUAUCUGACACCAUAACUCCACAGCAGGCAAUAAACUGCAUGAGGGAGUUGAGAGGUUCAGGUGCAAUACAAACUUUAAAGCAAUACAACUACCUUCAUGAUUUUCAGGAGACCUUGGCUGCCUAUUUGGCAACAGAAAGUGAGCGACCAAGAUCAGUAUCCCGAUAAAACACCCUGAGUUUAGUUACUAUUUGAAAGAAUACAUUGCAUUGUUUUUACUUUGUACAGAUAGUGGAAAAUAAUUUUAUUAACUGUCUGCCAGUUACUGCCUUGACGAAGGAUAUGUGACUAUAUAGCACAAGUCCCUGAAUAAAGAUCCAUCUGCGCAUUUUAUUUUGACAGCGAAUUAUAACAUGUAGCAGAACGCAUAAUAAAUAUUUCUAAUCUUUUUACUUUAUGUCCUUUCCAAUUCCUGUUUAGUUUUCUCUGCUGUGAUAGAUUUUUUUGUUUUGUUGUACUUCUUUAUGCAAUUUAUGGGAAAGUCUCUAUAGGAGAAUCACAUAAAUUUAUAUUACAGCAGUGCCAGCUUUUUGGUGGAGUAUAUUGUAAGACACUAGCAAUAGAAUAUUGUGAGUUGUCCUUCAUAUGUGUUCACUUUUCAAUUAAUGUGUCCCUGUAUACAAGCUUAUGGGAAACCAGAUGUUUCUUCACAAGUAGAGAUGUUCAUGAGCUUGCCUGAAAAGCAAUUCAUUAGUCUCCCUUAAAGCAGAAUAACUUGCAUUUAAGUUUGUCAUCUGGAAGAUCAUUCUAUUAUUACUAUAACUACAGCACCUGCCAACCAGGAUGUUUUCAGGACUAGCAGUCCAACCUGCUACUUAGGAAGUGGCAAAAAAUAUAUUUCAUUAACAAAACAUACAAGGAGCAUGUUGUUGUAUUGCUCUUUGCAUAACAAAAAAUGUAGACAAAAAUACUGCCUCCCUUGUGUUUGGCACAAAUCUGAAUCGGAUAUUCUGCAACAGCAGCCAAUUCAAAUUCAAAAAAAUUUAUAAGAUUGAAGUAGGUCUGCCCCUUGGGGCAAUACAGUUGUCCACUUACAGUAUUCAUUAAAUUUAUAUCCACCACAAUCUAGUGACUUUUGGCAACUUACAUGGUAAAUACAGCAAAAAAAAAAAAUUACACUAUCCAUGGCAUGGUUAGAAUGAAAUUUUUAAAAACCCUGCAACUAAAAAAAAUAAUAAAAAAGAAACAACGCUGCAGUACAUAAACUUAGAAGGAAGCUCUCCAAAAUAAUUUUAACAUUUUUAGGUCAACAAGGAAGCAAAUAGCUUAAUUUUUGUUGGAAGGUUAGUUCAAAACAGUAACACCACCAUGAAGUUCUUUCUAGCUUAGAGCCCUCUUCAUCGUUUAGGAAUUAGAGACUAGUUUAUCUCUGGGUCAGGCAAUUCUGGUUGGAGCAGAUAAUC